CACACCACAAGUGUUCCACUAACUUUUGCGAAAUCAACUUUGAGUGCUCGUAGUCAACCAUUUUACAGUUUCUCACCAUGACUGCAUCGGUUUUGAGCUCAAUUUUCUUACUGUUCUUUCCGAUUGUUUGCAAUGCUGGUCAAUAUGCAGUUUUGAUAGAAAACAUGGACAAAAUCCAAGCAGGAAGCCCAAAAGAGCUGUACCAAUAUGAAAUCAGAUCCAACAAAAUAUUGUGUGCGGUGUAUGAAGCCCCUUUUGUGCUCGAUCCCGGUCUAAUGGCACUAGUUCAAUUCAACAGUAUUGCGUUUGUUCAUGACCUACUUGCAAAGAAAUUAUUGAGAGCUUUUGCAAACAAUAACUGCGAUGACUUUGCUACUAAUCUGUAUGCAAAUGGCCACUUAUUAGAGUUCCGACACUCUUCCGGAAGUGUGGCAACAAUAACCUACGUUUCAAAUUAUCCGAGUCAAGGGGGACAGUCCUUUAGGGCAUCAACAUGGAAAAAAUUUAGUUGUGCAUUGACAAGCGGGGAUCCAUCUAAGAUCGAUACAAUUUGCAAGAACCCUCGAGAAGAGACGUUUCCACCACCAAAAUCUGCCAACUCUCGGGUCACCGUAAAGCGUCCUGCGGGAACAUCUCAGCCCCCUCCGAAUACCAGUGCUUCUGGAAGAAGCACAAAACGCUAUAAGUCCACAGAUCAGCAACCAGGAAGCUCAACAUCGUGGAGGUACUAGAAAACACGAGUAAAUCUUAAACCGUGGGGUAAUGGGUAACCAUGCAUUAAUUUAACAAGUGCAGUUAAUUUGUGUCAUGUAUUCUAAAUGAUGAAAUAAAUGUAAAGAUGUAAAAUUAUA